AUGACUCGUGGACUUGGUGAUGAGCCUCCAGAAGGUGGGCUAGGAAAUGGAAAAUGUGGAGGCCAUUGGAAGGAAGGUGAGCCUCCAACAGUUGGGGGACCUGGCGAUGAGCCUCCAGAAGGGGGACUUGGAAAUGGGAAAUGUGGCGGCCAUUGGAAAGUAGGUGGACUUGGUGAGGAGCCUCCAGAAGGUGGGCUUAGAAAUGGAAAAUGUGGGGGCCAUUGGAAGGCAGGUGACCCUCCAGCAGCAGGGGGGCUUGGCGAUGAGCCUCCAAAAGGUGGGGUUGGAAAUGGAAAAUGUGGAGGCCAUUGGAAAGCAGGUGAGCCUCCAGCUGGGGGGCUUGGCGAUGAGCCUCCCGAAGGUGGGCUUGGAAAUGGAAAGUGUGGGGGCCAUUGGAAAGCAGGUGAGCCUCCAGCUAGGGGGCUUGGCGAUGAGCCUCCCGAAGGUGGGCUUGGAAAUGGAAAGUGUGGUGGCCAUUGGAAGGCAGGCGAGCCUCCAGAAGGAGGACUUGGGGAUGAGCCUCCAGAAGGACUUGGGAAAAACGGAUGUGGCCACGAUGGAAAAGAUGGUGGACUUGGUGAUGAUCCUCCAGAAGGAGAACCAGGGAAAUGA